UGAGAGCCUUUCCUUUGCGAAUUCUUAAAACAGAAUGGCAGCUCUAGGGUUAGAGAUACUAGGGGUCACUUUAGCUGUGUUCGGUUGGAUUGUAGGCAUUGUGUCUUGCGCUUUGCCCAUGUGGAAGGUCACGGCUUUCAUCGGGGUGAACAUCGUAACGGCGCAGACCAUAUGGGAGGGAAUCUGGAUGAACUGUGUGGUGCAAAGCACUGGUCAGAUGCAGUGCAAAAUCUACGACUCCAUGCUGGCUCUGAGCUCAGACUUGCAGGCGGCCCGGGCUCUGUGUGUGAUUGCCAUUGUGAUGGGAGUACUGGGAUUCCUGCUCUCCAUUGUGGGGGCCAAGUGCACUAAAUGCCUAGAGGAGGAGCGCGUCAAAGCCAAAGUUAUGAUCGCCGCUGGAGUCACCUUCAUCUGUGCUGCGGUCAUGCACUUGAUCCCUGUGUGCUGGUCUGCUCACAGUAUCAUCAGAUCCUUCUACAACCCCGUAAUCAUUGAGGCACAAAAAAGGGAGAUAGGAGCGUCUCUUUACCUGGGAUGGGCAUCUAGCGCCCUUCUGCUGAUCGGUGGGGGGAUUCUCUGCUGCAGUUGCCCCCCGCAGGAGGAGAAUAGGUACGGCCCACCCAGCAGGAUGGUUUACUCCGCUGCACGUUCUGUACCACCCAGUGGCUUUGACAAACGAGACUAUGUGUGAACAAACAUACUCUUUCUGUGAUGCAACUCUGUUCAUUUGUGUCCUGAACAGAGAACGUGAUGACAAGGCACAAGACUGUGUGUAUUUCCGUACAGUGAGUUCUGCUGUUUUGCCAUUCAAGUGUAUUUCCUAGUUUGCUGUGUGCUUUCUUUUGUUACCCAGUUUAUACAACCAGUUUUUAAGAAUUGCAAGUAUUACAUUAUUAAUAAGCACAUGAAUAAGUAUGUUCAUACCCAUGUGUAUAUUGAUAAUGAUGUUGCCAUUUUUAGUAUUGUGUUAUUACCAAUGAUUAAAAUGUUUCUUCAGUGCUUCUUUUGUAAAAUUGCCAUUGCAUGGAUUUAUAUGAUGCACGAAUUAAUGUUCUUGUAGUCUAAGUGUGCCACUUCUCUGUCUGCUGCAGGGUUUGAAAAUUAAC